UACUCUCAGACUGAUACAACCUGAAAGUUAUCAAACAGUCUGUUUUAUUUUCUGUGUAACUGCAUGAAAGAGCUACUGAAUUUAGUUCUUUUUUUGUAUUGGAUUUAUUUGUAGUAUUGUAGCACUAUACGGAUAAAUUUUAUUUUCAAAUUGUGCCGUUCAAAGUAGACUAGAACUAUUUCUUUUAUUGACUUACUUUUAAAUCUGUGGCACAAUAGGGUCAAGUUGUGUUUUAAAUAUUGUCUCAUCAAACGGACUGUUUUUUGUUCAAUGUUAUUGCAUAAGACGGACUAUUUUUAUUGCAAUGGUGGCACAUGACGCGGAAAGUUUUAUUUAAUUUUUGCGAUACAGUAUAAAAUUUCGUAUUGAUAAUUUUGUCGUGCAAAUGACAUAAGAUUCACUGGAAAUAUCGUUAAAUUUAAAAACAGUUUUGCAAAUGGAUUGGAUUGGAUUCUAUUUGAUGUACCAUUGCACUGGAUACGAUUUAUCUACUUAAUUACUUUGAGCAGAUCAACCAUUCCUACCUUUAAGAACGAAUGGACCUUGGAAUAGCGAUUGUUGUCUUUCUUCUGUUACAACACUGCUUAUGUUAUCUAAGCGAUGUACGACUUCUGGCACCAAGAACCGAACUUCGUCCACACCAUAUCGAGCCUUUGCGUCACGUGGCUUUAAUCAAGCAAGAAAUAUUACGUCACCUUGGGAUAACUGACUCUCUCAGAUACCACCAUACGACUCAAUCACAUCCAGCCAUGUCUAAUCAUGAAACUGAUGAUCAAAUAUUCGAGUACAAAAUAACGGAUGUUGCCUCCUAUCACUCUGAACCGCCUGAUAAUUUUACAGACGAAAACAUAAUCCAGUUCAACCUUUUCAACAGGGUAAAUGGAAAACAAAUUGAAGUUAACAAUGUCAACCUGCUGCUUAGAGUUAAAGUGAGGAAGUCUAGAACCGACAAAAGGGCGACAAGAGAUGGUAAUUCUACAAAAAAGAAGAAACGCAGGCGCAAAAAGAAGUUUAAAGAAAUUAAUCUUCUGGUGUCAAAUAUAACAUCAAAUGGACAACCGGAUACAGUGAUUGCGUCAGUGAAAUCUAAGAUAAGAAAAACUAAAUCUCUAAAAUUAAGUGUUCCAAAAGAAUUUAUACAGACUGCAUUAGACUCACAUCAAAACACAUUACAAUUUUUUAUACAAUGCAUUGGUUGUGAUAAAAAGGCAAAGAUAAUUCUAGUUCAUAAAAGAAGAAAACGAAAGCUGACACAAACCAGAAGAAACAAGCAAUCUAAGUUACACAAGCGACGCCCUAUUCUGUUCAUUUAUUCCCACUUAACGGAUGACAGUUGACAGCCAGGUAUCCUAAAUAUAAUAGCACUGUUUCUUGUUAAGACACCGUGACAUCAUAAUCAUGCGUGCCUCUAUUUAGAAUUUACAUAGUUCUAUGCUAAUGAGUCUAAUUAACUUUUGAGAUCCGUGGCAGCCGAAGUGUUACUCUUGCGUUGCAUUAAGCAUAGAAUCAAAUACGUUUACCUCGAUGUUGGUGUUUUGAGACUUGUCUUAAAAUUCAGUUAGGACCUGACUAUGGUCUAUAAAACAAUAAGUGAAUGAGAAUCUAAGCGCGCUACAUUCCUAUUUUCAUUUGUAUUUUUACUUACUCGUGUUACGAUUUGGUAAUCUUUGGGUAGGUUUAUGUCAUGGUUGACGGCAUCAUCCGUGGUAUGUGGAAUUCGCGAAAUGUGAGUACCUGAUGCAGAUUAAUAAUAGUAAAUAUUUAGAAUACACGCAAGGAGCAUUAUUUGUGAAUAUUUGCAAACAUAAAACAGUCGGGAAUAUUACUUAAUCUAGAAUUGUGACUUGUUACUUAAACUUGUUGAAUCCAUUGGUUUUUUUUUUUUUUUUUUUUUUUUUUUUUUUGAUUUCUUGUUGGUUUAACCUCAUACCGGCACAAUUAUAAGUCGUAUGGCGACUUUUCACAUUUGAUGGUGGAGAAAGACACCAGGUGCCACUUUGUGUAUGUUUUCAUAGCGGACGUGCACCUGGGUAGAACCACUCUUUUUUCCGCAAGCCAGCUGGAGAGCUUCCUCACAGGAAGAAUUCAACUACCCGAGCGAGGUCGAUCCCACAUAGGUGAGGAGUUCAUUUUAAGUUAGUGACCUUAACCACUCGGUCACGGAGGCCUCUGAAUGAAUUGUACAUGUUUUUGUCAUGAUUAGAGAUAUACAGAAUAUAAACAUGAUACUGCAUGGGAAGUCACUGUUUAGUCAAUACUUCAUCAUACAUGACUUCAACGGAUAAAUUUUUAAUAGCAAAAACAAUCUACCAAUAUUCAAUAAUAUCCCCCUUUUUGAUCCUACUUUGACCGGAAUAAGUAUUUGAAAGUAUUUCAAACAGUAUAAGUGAAGAGCAUUUGUAUGUUGAAUCAUAUUGGGAAGAUAAUGAUAUUGGUGUUUUACUUUGAUUGGCUGAAUGUUCCGUAAUUGAUACUGUUAAAUUGUGAAACUGUUUUAAACUCGAGACAAAAUAAAUUCGAGAAAUUCAACGGG